AUGCCUCCCCCUUUCCGAUCCCUUGCCCGGUCCUCAGCAUCAACUUCUCUUGGGCAGUGCCCUCCCUGUUUUCCUCUCCCUUUCCCCCUGUCCUCCUCUCCCUUUCCCCCUGUCCUCCUCUCCCUUUCCCCCUGUCCUCCUCUCCCUUUCCCCCUGUCCUCCUCUCCCUUUCCCCCUGUCCUCUUCUCCCUUUCCCCCUGUCCUUCUCUCCCUUUCCCCCUGUCCUCCUCUCCCUUUCCCCCUGUCCUCCUCUCCAUUUCCCCCUGUCCUCUCCCUUUCCCCCUGUCCUCCUCUCCCUUUCCCCCUGUCCUCCUCUCCCUUUCCCCCUGUCCUCCUCUCCCUUUCCCCCUGUCCUUCUCUCCCUUUCCCCCUGUCCUCUCCAUUUCCCCCUGUCCUCCUCUCCAUUUCCCCCUGUCCUUCUCUCCAUUUCCCCCUGUCCUCCUCUCCCUUUCCCCCUGUCCUCUCCCUUUCCCCCUGUCCUCCUCUCCAUUUCUCUCUGUCCUCCUCUCCCUUUCCCCCUGUCCUCCUCUCCCUUUCCCCCUGUCCUCCUCUCCCUUUCCCCCUGUCCUCCUCUCCCUUUCCCCCUGUCCUCCUCUCCAUUUCCCCCUGUCCCCCUCUCCAUUUCCCCCUGUCAUCCUCUCCCUUUCCCCCUGUCCUCCUCUCCCUUUCCCCCAGUCCUCCUCUCCAUUUCCCCCUGUCCUUCUCUCCCUUUCCCCCUGUCCUUCUCUCCCUUUCCCCCUGUCCUUCCCUCCCACUUUUCCUCCCCCUCUCUCACAUCCCUUCCCUUUCCUACUGUCCUCUCCCACCAUUCACGCUUCUCUCAGCCAUCCCUUUCCCCCCUCCCCUGCCCCUCGCCUUCCCCCACUACCGUCCCUUCCCUUUCCACUACGUUCUCUCGUUCAAUUCAGCCGACAGUUCGCGACAUUCGCCUUGGAUGUUUUCAUCGCAACACAACUUACACACUCGCUAGCCAAUUGA